UCUCAUUAAAAUUCAUAUGAAUUAGUGUGUGAUGUGAGGCGUGUCUUUUGGGUGUGUGUUAUUUUAUACGUUGACUCGUAUUUUUUUUAUACAUUGCACAAUAAUUCUUGUCGGCAAUAAUAAGAUUUUCAUUGAAAAAGUUUGUACGAAGAGAAAAUAACAAUGAAUUAUGGAAAAAGAUCGCCAAGUAUGGGAACACCUUCGGUUUAUUCUCACGUUACAUCAAGGAGCAGCGCAAAUCUCAGAUCUUCUAGAUCUGUACGCAGCGUUAAAAUACCUUGGUAUCAAAAACCGAUUUUAAAGCACGCUUAUAUACUAGACAUUCAGAGAGGAGCUAUGCUCGUAGCAGUAUUUGCAUUGUGUUUGGCACUUUUCACCAUGUGUACGGUCAUAUUCGACAUCUAUUGCCUUUCUCAAGCUACACCUGGUUCCACUCAUUACGGAUACUAUAUUAUAUCGUAUGAAUUUGUUUAUAUCGGCAAUCAACACGUUCGUAAUGCUCUCAUAGUUUUUGCCUUAUUCUCUAUGAUCGGUGGGAUAGUAGUUUUUAUUACUUCAUUGAUGCUUAUUACUGCAUUGCGUAAGGAAUAUGAAAAGAAAAUGGUGCCGUGGUUGUAUAGUUUUGCCGCAUUUACCAUAUUCCGUCUUUUUGCUUUCCUGUUCUUUAGUAUCGUGAAUGAUUUGAUAUUUGCAUACAAUAUCAUAAUAUGUUUAUUGUGGAUAAUAUUUAUUUCAUUUUCCGUCUAUGGAUGGUUAAUAGUAUAUUCCCUCUAUAUUGAACUAAGCGACUUGACUAGAUUAGAGGAUUUAGCACACUUGAGGAUCGGUACUAUGCAAUCUUUAAAUGCGUCGACAACGCAUUCUAUCGCUGGUUCUAGGCCUACAACGCCGCAUAGCACGGUAUCGACGAUGCCUGUCAAUUAACGUCGCUAAUUACUUUUCUUAAUGGGAAGUAAGAGAAAUUUCAUGCUUGUGACUGAAUGCAUUUUUCAUGCAUUCAAAUUUUUAUCGAAUCUCAGAUAUCAAUUCCGUCCCAAUGUUUAUUAAAAAUAUAUCUGUAGUAUAUAGUAUUUUAUUUAAAAGUAUUAAGAAUUAAUAUUAUCACACGGUCGGUAUUAUUGUGCCGCUAGUGAUAUAAAAUCAUAUGUUAAAAUAUGUAUUAUAUAUAAAGCAUUGUAAGUAUUUUGACAAAGUUGUCAGAUUUUUAUAAAUACGUAUAUUUACAAAA